CCCUUUUUCUCUCUAUACUUGUCGUCCCCAUGUUGUCCCAAGGUUGUCCCCAUGUACUUCCACGGUACUGUACCUACCCAGUUCGUCCUUCCGAAUACCUACGUACAUACCUACAUCCAUUCAUACGUACAUACGCCUAUACACACACAUACAUACACACAUACACGUUUUCCCUCUCCCCCAUUUCCUCCUUCCGCCCCCCUCCCUCGUCUACCUCCUACUACCCCAGACAGCUCGUACACAUAUACAUACCACCAGCCUUGUCUGUAUAGUAGACAUGGUCAUAUAUGUACCAAAAGUAUAUCUGCUGUCUCAAUCAUGGACCUGUCCCGCAAACAUUCAACCAGGCUGUUUUUGUCCCUGCUCCACCGCGAGUGGUGGGACCCCUGGUGAUAGCUUCACCUGGUCUUCUACACUACACGAGUCUACCUAGCCCACAUUUAUUAUUAUUACUUCCCUGCAGCUCGCCUGCUUUCGACACACCCUUGUUCCCUCGUUCUUUUAUUUUAUCUCAACUCACCUUAAGUCAACGGCGUGCCAUUCUGGUCUAGCCAGCUCCCUACCGUUUGUUGAAUUUAGGAACGCCCAAUGCUGUGCAGCCAUGAUCAUAUCGCGUCUCGCUGUUGUCUUUCUCAGCAACACCAAGCCGUAUGGGCAAGCUAAUAUUUGUUCUGUGAUACAGCUCUAAUCACCCGUACCAAGCCGAGAUGUCACGUCGGAAUGAAUUCGCUGGUUAUACGCAGCAACCUCCGAACCCCGGUGCCCAACCUCAUCCGUCCCAUGGCCAGCAACAUCAUCAGCAGAUUUCUCAGCAUCAACAACAUCAGAACCAGGCCCACCAGCAGCCCCACGGUUCCCACCCUCAGCACGCGCAUCAUCAGUCAUCUCACCAGACGCAACCGCAUCAUGCUACGCCGGUUCCGCCUCCGAUGACCAUCCCGCAGCCGGCAGUAGCACCGUCUCAGCAAUCUACCCCAACUCCAACUCCGGCUCCUGCUCCUCCCCGUGGCCGCAAGAGAGCUGCGCCGCACCAACAGCAGGCACACCAGCAGGUUCAUCAGCAGUCGCAUGCACCUGCUACUAACCCGGCGCCUCCUGCCCCAGUUGCCACGUCCGCCGCGGCCCCUACCGCGACCACACCCGCUCCUGCCCCGGCUGUGACCCCAGUGUCCGCGCCGGCUACCGCUCCGAUGCAGGUCACCCCGGUGGUCCCACCUGCUGUGCCGACUAAGGAAGAGACCAGCACCCCUUCCGCCCCGCCCCCAGCUAAGAAGAGCCGAACAAAUACCCCCUGGACUCCUGCCGAGGAGCUCCGACUCAAGGCUAUGAGAGACCAGGGCAGCAGUUGGGCAGAGAUUGCCAAGACCUUCCCCACGAGAACCGAAGGCAGUGUGAAGAAGCAUUGGUAUAAGGAUAUGCACUAUGCCGAAUUUGCCGAGGACGAGAGCCAGGCGCUUCUCAGUGCCAUAAAGGAUUACGAGAACAAUAAGUGGAAGACCAUUGGUCAGAAAGUUGGCAAACCCGCUAAGGCAUGCGAACAAUAUGCUAAAGAACAUUUCCCUGAACUGUUCUCCACGCCAAAGGCACGUUAAGCAACUCCAGGUGCUUGUUGAUACAUCUUGUCCUUGAGUGUCCUAUCUCUGGCAUCGGUACCACCCUCUUAUGCUUCGAUCUGCUCAUUCUUGUUAGGUUUUGUAAGAGAAUACAGGUUCCAAUAGGUUCCUAGAGGUCGCAUCUGGCGAUCUCACUGGGCGAAGAAGGCAUCGUAAUCACAACUCGAACUCGUCUAGUUCCCUCAACGACAUGGGAUAUAUGGAGACGAAAGACGGCCCGCCGUUAUCGUCCUAGUCCCGAUCUUUUCACGUUUGGUCUUUCGGUAUAUCUGUUUCGGCGAGGAUAGGGUAUUUCUUUUCUUUCACAGCACAUUUUCCCCCGCGGGAGAAUGGCAGGAUUGUCAGAUUAUCGGAUUUUAGGGGAGUCUACAGACUUCGGACAUGCAAAUUCGGAGGAUUAUCGUGCGAAAGGCAUAGUGUGGAAAGAAGGGCAAAAGGGUUCUGAUUUGUAAAAAGACGUCCUGCGAAACAUGGCAUUAAUGCUUUAUCGAGUCAUUUCAUCGGAUACACUUCUGUGGUUUGAUAAUUCUUUACUGCCCCAAAAAAUAAGCUAUUCUAACCGCUACUGUAUACUACUUGAUAGCUAUUGCAAUGGACAUUUCUAAAGCUAAA